AUGAGACGUUCAGCAAUAACAAACAAUGAUAAUGAUAACAAUAAUCAAUUGUCAACAACAACAAAUGAAAUGAAUCAUCAACAACAAAAACGUUCAUUAGAAGAUUAUGGUUUUUUAACAAAUUUAAAACGACGUCGUCAUCUUUCACCACAAAAUGCUAAUAUUGAUAUGAAUAAUGAUAAUGAAACAAUCUCAUUACCAUCAGUUAGAAAAAAAACACGAACAAAAUCUAAAAAUCAAUCUAUUUUAAAUUCAUCUAUUGAUACAAAUAAUGAACAUAAUUCAAUUAAUGAUAAUCAAUCACCUCGUAAAUCUUCAUCACGUCAUACAUCUUCAUUAAUAUCACAACAAAUGAAUGAAAUAAUAUUACCUAAUUGGGAACGUAUAUGUCCAAAUAUUGAUCAAAUAUUAUCAAAUAAACAUACACAAGCAGGUGUAUUUGCUCAUGAAGUACAAUUAGUACAACAAGAACUUGAAGCACUUUUAUCAAUGUCUAUAGUACGUAAAAAUAUUUUUACUAAUCUUUCAAAUCCAUCAUUAAAUAAUUCGGAUAUAUUACAUACACAAAUUCAUUUACAUCAAGAAGCUGAACGUAUAUAUACAUCAAAAAAAAUACCAAAAAAAAUCUUACCACCAUUAACUAAACAUCAUCAUCAUCAUCAUCAACGACAACAUGGUCCACAUUUAUUACUUGAUAGACAAGUUUCAAUGGCACCAAUUAUUGGUGCACGUAUAGAUCGUAUAUGGUCGGAUUUAAAUAUAUAUUUUCGUAAAAUAUCAUCAAAUGAUAUUUUAACAAUUGAAAAUCUAGUCGAAUUUAAUUGUCAUUUAGAACAUAAAUUAGAACAAUUAAAAAUUGAUUAUAAUAAUCAAUUAAUUGAUCAAACAAAUAUAAUUGAACAAUUAAAUGAAGAAAAUUAUGAACAAUUAUUACAAAUAUCACAAUUAAAUCCAUUAAUAACACAUUAUGUUGAUCGAACAACAUUAGGAAUAUUUCAAUCUAAAUUAUAUCAACAUAUGGGACAAACAUCACCUGUUUAUAAAACACCUAUAUCAAGUCCUAUGCAUGGAAGAAUAAUAGGCAAUACUAAUUGUGAUAUUAAAGAUAAUUCAGCAACAUUACGUAUUUCACCACGUUUACAUCCAAAUGAAUAUUCAAAUAAUAGAACAGGAUUAUUUACUUUACCUAAUGUAAGUCUAUUAUAAAUAGAUGAUCAUUGAUAUAAUCGCUUUAUACAUAUCUUAGGAUAGAAAAAAACAACGAUCUUUUAAGUAC